ACAUUUGCUCGUUGUAUUCGAAGCCAAGAGACAGGGAGAGAGAGCCUCCCAACCAUUUCUCUUCUCUCCUCAUAUCUCUUCUUUCUCUGCUGACUCUUCGGGGAAAUUCAACUAUUCAAGGUUCAAUUCACAGUAAAAAUGAAAAAAUUACAGUUCAUGUUAGAUGGAUGACUGUCCAAUCCCACUCUGAAAUUUCAGGCUUGGAAAGUGUUAAGAGAUUUGUGAGAAAUGAAUGGUUUCAGGCUUGGGUUAAUCGACUGUGUCAGGAAUGGAUCUGUGAAACUGUGAUAACGGCGGGAAGUUUGCUGGCGUUUGGUAGUUAUUGUCCAACUGUGGUUGGAUUUGCUCUCGGCUAUUAUGUGGAGAUCCAUUUCGAGUGCUAUUGCGGGCUUUGGACAGAAGAAGGACUGUGCUGAGGCGAGGCGUGCUUGUGAUGAAUUCUCGGAUGAUGAUGAUGAGAUAUGUUCUAAUGACAGCGGUGAUGAAGGCCUAGAAUGCCCGAUAUGUUGGGAAUCUUUCAACAUUGUCGAGAAUGUGCCCUAUGUGUUAUGGUGUGGCCACUCCAUCUGCAAGAAUUGUCUCUUGGGGCUUAAGUGGGCUGCUUUGAAGAUCUCGGCACAACAAAUUCAGGUCCCGUUGUUCAUCUCCUGCCCUUGGUGCAAUUUGCUGACAUUUCGGCUCGUUUACAAGGGAAAUCUCAGAAUCCCGAGCAAGAACUUCUUCCUGCUAUGGAUGGUGGAGAGCAGAAACGGCGAUAGAGUCAAGUCUCCUUUGUGCACUGAUCACCAACAAUCAUGGCCCCCGAGGUGCACUUCGGCUGUUGAGAACAGCCCCGCCAAUGUGAACCACAGGAGGCCUCACGCUCAUACCUCUGCUUCUCAGAGGCCCCAAUUUUCCCUUCACAAAUCCCUCGAUUUCUUCCUCCGCUUUACAUCCAAGUUUCCACUCGUCAUCGUCCUCCUCCUCCUCGUCAUAUUCGCUAUCCCUUCCAGUGCUGCCAUCCUGGUGGUAUACUUGGUCAUCACAAUCGUCUUUGCAGUCCCGUCUUUUCUAGUACUGUAUUUUGCAUAUCCCGCCUUGCAUUGGCUAGUGAAAGAGAUAACCAGUUGAGAAUGGUUUCCCAUCAUCCUAUUUCAACGUAUCUCGUUCAGAUUUGUACUCUUUAGUCUUUCCUGGUGUACAGAGAUCUCUCUUUGUAAUCAUAAACCCUAAUCUCAGCUCUCCUCGAUUAUCAAUUUCAUCUCAGUUUGUAUCAAGGAUGCUGUAAAUAUAUGUUUCUUGGAAUGAAGUCCAUGUUUAGUCUCUAUUUGGAGGCUCUUCUA